AUGACGUCUGUAACUCAGUAUGCCCACACGGAUCACCUCGGGCAGAUCUUCCAAGGCCUGCGGAGCGCUGCCCACGAUGCUCGAUUGCAAGCUGCAACAGAAUUGCGUCGCUAUGUUGCAAUGACUGUCGCAGAAAUGCCAUCUGAUGCUGUAGCAAAACUUUGGGAUGAUGACAUCAACAAACGCUUGUUCGACCUUAUGCACAGUCAGAAUAAUGUAGAUAGAUUAGGCGGACUUCUGGCCAUAGAUCACCUCCUUGAAAGUGAAGGAGAGGACACUAUUGGUUCAAAGAAGUACCUCUUUCGGUUUUAUAACUACGUCAAGCAGCUACUGCCAAAUCACGAUGUCAACAUCAUGCUGGCAGCAUCCAAAACACUCGGCCAAAUUGCUGCAAUUGGUGGCGCCGACUUCGGAGAACGUUUUAUGGAUUUAGAGGUUCCAGCUGCAGUGGAACUGUUACAGGGUGACAAGCAGGAGUCUCCCCGCUAUGCCGGAGUGCUUAUCCUGAAGGAGCUCGCACGCAACAGUGCGAUAUAUUUUCAUUCCCACAUCAGCCUCGUAUUUGACAAGAUACUCAUACCUCUUCGGGACUCUCGAAACAUUGUCAGGGAGGGAGCUGCAGAGCUUCUUGCUGCAUGCCUUGAGAUUGUUACAACACGUGAACGGCAAACACGUACGACUUACCUCAUGAAGAUUCUUCAGGACGCGCAACUGGGACUCAAAAUGUCACAACCUGAAGUCAUUCAUGGGUCUCUUCUCACAUACCGAGAACUGUUGUUACAUGGUGAUAUGGCAAGUUUUAUGAGAGAAUCGUUUUUGGAUACUGCGGAACAAAUUCUUCGCUUCAAAUCACAUCGAGACGGUCUCGUUCGCAAGAUGGUCAUCACCCUAAUCCCGACUCUCGCUGCCUACGAAACGCAAGUUUUCUCGGAACAUCACCUGCACAAAUCCAUGGGACAUCUACUAACUCAGCUGGAAAAGCCAAACGAGAGGUCCUUUGCAUUCAUCGCCAUCGGUCAUACUGCCACCGCCGUAGGAAGUGAUAUGAAACCUUUCCUCGAUUCUAUCAUGGCUCAAAUCAAGCUUGGUUUACAAGCCAGGGGAAAGAAGAAUGCCCCUUCUGAAGAACCUAUUUUCCAAUGUGUCGGAAUGCUUGCUUCGGCUGUUGGUCCGAACCUCACAAAGCUUCUUCACGAUCAACUUGAUUUAUUCUUUGCGUGCGGCCUGAGUGAGCCUCUUAGACAGGCGCUGAUGGCUAUUGCACGUAAUAUCCCUCCUUUGCUAAAGACUAUCCAAGACCGUCUACUGGAUCUACUUUCCAUGAUCUUAUGUGGACAACCUUAUAAAGCCAUCGGAGCCCCACCUUCCCUUGUCAGGACUGACGUAUCUGCGUUUACGAGAGACUUGAGCUCAUCUCAGACAACUAGGAGCGGUAAGAGUCCUGAGCUCAUCACACUUGCGUUGUCCACGCUUGGCACCUUUGACUUCAGCGGUCACAUCUUGAACGAGUUUGUCCGCAAUGCGGCGCUUCCUUAUCUGGAAGACGACAAUGCAGAGGUUCGACGUGCUGGUGCUCUCACUUGUUGCAGACUGUUCGUCAGGGACCCAAUUUGCUACCAAGCGAGUAGUCACGCGAUUGAAAUAAUCAGUGACGUUCUCGACAAACUGCUCACAGUAGGCAUUGCAGACCCAGACCCUACCAUUCGGCAAACUGUUCUAUCCUCUCUUCAUGAAAGGUUUGAUAAGCACUUGGCGCAAGCGGAGAACGUCAGGUCAAUCUUUAUCGCCUUGAAUGAUGAGGUCUUCGAGAAUCGUGUUACUACUGUCACUUUGAUUGGACGUCUUGCCAAGCAUAAUCCUGCCUACGUCAUGCCGUCCUUGCGUAAGGCUCUGAUACAACUAUUGACAGAGUUAGAAUACUCAACUGUAAUGCGAAAUCGCGAAGACUGCACCCGCCUUCUCACUCUCUUGGUGGGCGCGACUCAACGUCUCAUAAAGCCAUAUGCACUCCCUAUGCUCCGCGUCCUACUGCAGAAGGCGAAUGACAGUAACCCGGCUGUAGCUGCAAAUGUCCUCAUGUGUCUCGGGGAACUGGCAGCUGUUGGCGGGGAAGAUGUGGCUCCUCAUAUCCCGGAGCUCAUGCAGGUCAUCAUCUCCAGACUCUCCGACCCGGCUCAUGUCAAGCGUGAUGCUGCUCUCCACACUCUCGGCCAGUUGUGUUCUAGCACCGGAUAUGUCAUAACACCCUUGGUGGACUAUCCUCAGUUACUUCCAAUCUUGGGACGCAUCUUGAGAAGCGAAUCCGCUCCGCAUGCACGCCGCGAGGUCGUAAGAGAAGUCGUUAAAGUUCUCGGUAUCCUUGGAGCUCUGGAUCCAUAUAGGCGAAAGGCGAGACCGGAUGAGGAAGUCACGAAUGAAACACCACUUCCUGCUGUCAAUGCUGUCGCCAUUUCUCAAACAGGGUCAUUGACGGGUAGCGACGACUACUACCAGACCGUUGUGAUCACGUCUCUCCUGGCUGUUUUGAAGGAUCAGUCACUUAGCAAUCACCACCACACCGUCAUCGAAGCGAUCAUGAACAUUUUCAGGACGCAAGGGUUGAAAUGUGUGGCCUUCCUACCGCAGAUCAUUCCUGCCUUUACUGCCGUGGCUCGCACCUCCACAGCCCGUUUGCAAGAAUUUCACCUGCAGCAAUUGGCUAUCCUAGUCGGGAUAAUUAAGCAACAUAUCCGCAAUUAUAUGCCAGAGGUCUUUAGCCUUGUGACGGAACUUUGGGAGAACGCCUCCCUUCAGCUUCCCAUAGUAUCGUUGAUCGAGGCGCUGGGGAAGGCUUUAGACGCCGAGUUCAAACCUUUUCUGCCAACUAUCCUGCCUCAUCUUCUGAAAGUUUUCGAAGGAGACCUCGAGAAGAAAAUGACUACUCAGAUUAAGAUUUUUGAUUCUUUCCUCACAUUCGGGGCAAAUAUCGAGGAGUACCUUCACCUCGUCAUCCCCGUUAUUGUCAAAUCCGCCGAACGACCUGAUGCUACCACUCUGCUCCGCAAGAAAGCAAUACAGACUAUAGCUCAUUUAUCCCUCCGCGUCAAUUUCUCUGACCACGCUUCUCGCAUCGUCCACCCCUUGAUCCGUGUGCUAGAGGGUAACAACAACGAGCUUCGACAGGCGGUGAUGGACACCCUGUGUGCACUAGUUGUCCAACUCGGAUCUGAUUUUGCUAUUUUCGUGCCCACUAUCAACAAGUGCCUGCUCCGGAAUCGUAUACCUCAUCCCAGGUAUGAGAAUUUGAUAUCGAAGCUCCUGAAUGGGGAACGUCUACCACAGGAGCCAGGCACUCAUGACUUGCUCGAAUCCAAGGCUGCAGAAAUCUCUGUGCCUGCGGAAGCGGCUAAAUUGACUGUAAACCAACAGCAUUUGAAGCAAGCGUGGGACGUGUCCUCUGCGAGCACAAGGGAAGACUGGACAGAGUGGAUGCACCGCCUUUCUGUAGAGUUGAUGAAGGAAUCUCCGUCGCACGCGCUUCGGGCUUGCAUGAGCCUUGUCGAUAUUCACCCUCCUUUGGCGAAAGAACUGUUCAAUGCAGCAUUUAUAUCCUGCUGGACAGAACUCUAUGAUCAGUAUCAAGAAGGCCUCGUGCGAUCCAUCGAAUGCGCCAUCACCUCUACCACUGCUCCGUCUGAUCUCGUGCACCGACUGCUUAGCUUAGCUGAGUUCAUGGAACAUGAGGAGAAGCCACUCCCCAUCGAACAUCGCACUCUGGGAGAGUAUGCCAUGAGGUUCCAUGCUUAUGCGAAAGCUCUUCACUACAAGGAGCUCGAAUUCUUUACUGAAACCUCCCCGAACAUUAUCGAAGCGUUAAUCGGAAUCAACACCAAGCUACAGCAACACGACGCCGCUUGGGGUACUCUCAUCAUUGCUCGAGAGCAGUACGACGUCAGCAAGCAUGAGGAAUGGUACGAGCGCCUGGGCAGAUGGCAAGAGGCACUUAACGCGUACGAAAAGAAAGCUCAAGAGGAUCCAGACGCACCCGACGUCCAGAUCGGGCGCAUGAAAUGUCUGCAUGCCCUGGGUGAAUGGGAUCAACUUGCCGCUCAAGUAGAUGAGAACUGGUCAAAUGCCAAUCACGAGGAUCGCCGCGAAAUAGCUCCGAUGGCUGCUGCAGCGGCAUGGUCACUUCGUGAAUGGGAUUCGAUGGAUGAUUAUAUCGCUGCCAUGAGGGCCGAUUCACCAGAUAGAGCGUUCUACAAAGCGAUUCUUUCUGUCCAUCAGAAUCAAUUCCCAAAGGCUCUGAAGGAGAUCGGCAAAGCAAGAGACUUACUCGAGCCAGAGUUGACUUCCUUUGUUGGAGAAGGAUACGGCCGGUCUUACAACACUCUUGUUCGCGCACAGAUGCUCUCGGAGCUGGAGGAGAUUAUUGUGUAUAAACAGUAUGCAGAUCAAACUGACCGCCAGGCAGCAAUGCGAAAAACUUGGAUGAAGAGACUGCAAGGCUGUCAACCAGAUGUCGAAACCUGGCAACGGAUUCUGCAAGUUAGAGCCCUUGUCCUCAACCCAGAAGAUGACCCUGUUAUGUGGAUCAAAUUCGCGAACCUUUGCCGCAAGUCAGACCGUAUGGCAUUGGCAGAGAAGACGAUCAAUUCAUUGCUUUCACCGGAAAGGCUACAGCAUCUUCGAGACGACCAGCACAUGAAAGCUCCUCCAAACGUUGUCUAUGCGCAACUCAAAUAUAUGUGGUCCACCGGCGCUCGUGAGGAAAGCCUCAACUUCUUGCGGCAAUUCUCUGCAAGCCUUGCAAGGGAUUUGCAGGUGGAAUCUAAGGAUCACUCACAAAGAUCUGGUGUUGGUAAAGCUAAGCUGGAUGAACUCUCACGUCUUCUCGCUCGUUGUUACUUCAAACAAGGGCAAUGGCAAGUAGAACUGAAGGAAGAUUGGGGCGCUCGGAAUGUCAAAGACAUACUGCAUUCGUACCUUUUGGCAACCCACUAUGAUCCUAAUUGGUAUAAGGCCUGGCAUACAUGGGCGCUAGCUAAUUUCGAGGUCAUUGGCCAUCUGGAGAGUCAAAAGGAAAGCACAGCUGUCGACAUCCCCGGGAGUGGACUUGCUGCCCAUAUCGUGCAGGCUGUUCAAGGGUUCUUUCGCUCGAUCGGCCUCCGAAAUGAGAACGCUUUACAAGAUACUCUUCGGUUGCUCACGCUGUGGUUCAAGUUUGGCGCACACGACGAUGUCAGCCAAGCCAUGGCCAGCGGCUUCUCCGUGGUCGAGGUUGAUACGUGGUUGGAAGUCAUUCCUCAGAUCAUUGCCCGCAUCCAAACUCCAAGCGUCAAUGUGCGGCGAAAUAUCAACAACCUUCUUACCGAAGUUGGAAAACACCACCCCCAGGCCCUUAUAUAUCCUUUGACUGUAGCUUCCAAGUCCUCUAGCAUAUCUCGGAAGAAUGCAGCCCUGGCCAUUAUGGACAGAAUGAGAGAACACAGCCCUAUCAUCGUGGAACAGGCGCUUGUUGUCAGUCAUGAACUCAUCCGAGUUGCCAUUCUUUGGCACGAGAUGUGGCACGAAGGUUUAGAAGAAGCCUCUCGUCUUUUCUUCAAUGACAAAAAUCCCGAGGGGAUGAUCGCGACUUUGGAGCCCCUCCAUGAGAUGCUCGAGGCUGGGCCAGCAACAGCUAGGGAAACAUCAUUCGCGCAAACAUUUGGUCGCGACUUGCAUGAAGCUCGGGAGGCUUGUCGGCGGUAUCGCGCAUUCGGCGAGAUGUCAGAGCUGAACAAAGCUUGGGACAUCUACUAUGGGGUCUUUAGAAAAGUGGAGAAGCAGUUACCCCAAUUGACUACAUUGGACCUGCAAUAUGUAUCACCGCAAUUGCUAAAAGCCCGCGAUCUUGAUCUGGCGAUGCCCGGAACAUAUCAGAGUGGCCGAGACGUCGUUCGCAUUGCAUCAUUCGCCACCAAGCUCACUGUUAUAGCUUCCAAGCAGCGGCCACGGCGACUAUCCCUGAAGGGCAGUGAUGGUCAGGACUACCAAUAUGGUUUGAAAGGGCACGAAGACUUGCGUCAAGACGAGCGUGUUAUGCAGUUGUUCAGUCUUGUCAAUACCCUUCUGUCCGUCGAUACCAACAGCUUCAAGCGACGCUUACAUAUCCAGCGUUACUCUGUCAUUCCAUUGGCACCCAACGCCGGUCUCUUUGGCUGGGUAAAGGACAGCGAUACUUUGCAUGUCCUUGUUCGUGACUAUCGAGACUCUCGCAAAGUUCUUUUGAACAUAGAGUAUAGACUAAUGCUCCAGAUGGCACCGGACUACGAGAACCUAACGUUACUACAAAAGGUUGAAGUAUUUGAAUAUGCGUUAGAGAAUACCACCGGUCAGGAUCUAUAUCGCGUCCUAUGGCUGAAGAGCGCAAAUUCAGAGCACUGGCUUGAACGCCGUGCGACCUACACCCGCUCUCUGGCAGUGAACAGCAUGGUUGGCCAUAUUUUGGGUCUUGGCGACCGCCAUCCGUCCAAUCUAUUACUGGAGCGCACGACCGGCAAAGUUGUUCACAUCGAUUUCGGUGACUGCUUUGAAGUCGCCAUGCAUCGCGAGAAGUUCCCCGAGAAGAUUCCGUUCAGACUUACUCGUAUGCUCACACAUGCCAUGGAGAUAAGCGGCAUUGAAGGAAGCUUCCGGCAUACCUGUGAAAUCACCAUGUCCGUGCUGCGCGCGAAUAAGGAAUCCCUUAUGGCAGUCCUGGAGGCCUUUGUUUAUGACCCCCUGAUAAAUUGGCGGCUUAUGCAAGCUGACGUUGAUUCACGCCGACCUGAAGAUGGCGAAACCGAUCCUGUUCGUGCUGCUGAACUUGCUAAAGUAUCGGGAUAUCCUCAAGGUCCAACUCGCAAGCUGCGCGCGAAUGAAAACGACAUUUUCAACGAGGUUGUCGGGGGACCUGGAGCGAGGCAAGAAGUCCGGAACGAGCGUGCAUUACUUGUCUACAAUCGUGUCCAGCACAAGCUCACAGGGCGUGACUUCAACCCUGACAUUGUCCUUCCCGUUCCUGCUCAAGUCGAUAAACUUAUCUUGCAGGCCACCUCACUCGAGAACCUCUGUCAAUGCUUUUCUGGAUGGUGUGCAUUUUGGUAACAAGUGUCUGUUGUCUCGUCCAUCUCAUAUAAAUAGAUAUCUACAUGUUCUACAUUUCUGUACCUAUACAAUAGUCACAUCUGCAAUUUUGCUUUCUAUUAGUUGCUAAUAGCAAAU